UUGGGUGCUAAAAUCAGAUGGUGAAUCUGAGUCGCUUCUCUUCUUCCAGUAUCCCCUUCCCUCUCUCUCCCUCACUUUCUUGGCGACGACUACGCCCCGGUGCUCAUCUUCGGGCCCAGGUCGCCGGCGCUGCCGUCCUACGCCAGGUGCCCAAGUCUUCUUCAGGCCCUUCACCGGCGACGAGCACCAGCAGUUUGCUGAAGAUGGCAAAUGCAAAGAAGUUGUUCAAGAUGGGAAAUGCAGAUACAGAUACUGCUGCACUGCACAAGGAGUGGGAUGAUGUUCUCUGUCCGAUAUGCAUGGACCAUCCGCACAAUGCUGUCCUUCUGUUGUGCAGUUCCCAUGACAAAGGAUGCCGAUCCUAUAUAUGUGAUACAAGCUAUAGGCAUUCAAAUUGCCUAGACAGGUUCAAGAAAAUGAAAGUCAAUGAUGGGGACAGUCCUUCAGAGUCAAGCUCGUCCAUGCCUAGGGGUACAAGAAACCAAAAUGUUGUCCAGAGAUCUCGUUUUGGUCUCACUGGAGAGAGCCCCAGGCUACACAUAGACAUAUCUGAACCUGAUGAAGCUUCCAAUCAUCAAGAUGCCAGUCAUAGACCUGCUGCCAUUGCUGGAGAACAGGAAGAAAACAACUACAAUGAAGGCCCAAAUUUGACAUUGGAAGCUCAUGAGGUUGAGAUGAAUGGCCCUUCAGAGUCAAGUGACGUGUCAAGCUUAAACCAAUUGUUGUGUCCACUGUGCAGAGGGGGCGUUAGUGGCUGGAAGAUAAUCAAAGAAGCUAGACAGUAUUUGGAUGAGAAAUCCAGAGCUUGCUCACGAGAAGCCUGCACGUUUUCUGGUAACUACAGGGAGAUCCGUAGACAUGCCAGAAGGGUGCACCCCACAACAAGGCCUGCUGAUGUUGAUCCAUCAAGACGCCGUGCGUGGCACCACCUGGAGCAUCAGCGUGAAUAUGCUGACAUAGUAAGCGCAAUCAGGUCUGCUAUGCCUGGGGCAGUUGUGCUUGGUGAUUAUGCUAUUGAAGGUGGUGAAAUGUUUUCACAUGACCGGGAAACCAGUGGCCCAAGUGAACCAAGUGGGUCUCUUCUGACAACAUUCUUUCUAUUUCAUAUGCUCAGCAGUAGUCCGAUUAGAUCAGGUGAUGAGCCAAGAGGCGCAUCAAGGGGCCUGAGAAGGCAGAGAAGACGCUAUCUGUGGGGAGAGAAUUUGUUAGGUCUCCAAUAUGAUGAUGAUAAUGAUAAUGAUGAUGAUGAUGAUGAUGAGGGGGAGGACGAAGGGGAUGCUGUGGAUGAAGAAGUUCAGAGACCAAGGAGUCGCCGGAGGUUCAUAAGAUCAAGAUCAGAGGAGCGGGCGUAAUACAUUGGUAGCUGUGUGGAGAUGUGGAUGAUGUGCUUCCUUGCGUGGUUAAAAUGCUGGUGCAUCCCUUGGAAUCAAAGACCUAAAGGCGAAUGGACCUCAAAGUUCAAGUUGAGAAGAAUGCACCAUCCAUGGGCCCCUCUUUAAUCAAGAAACACUCAUUCUUAGGGCAAAGCUGGAGGUGACAUGGAAACUAGCGUUUGGAGAUGCUCACUCCAUCACAGCUGGUGCUGUCACUGAUGCACCAUGUCUUCUUUACCUUUUGCACUGCGUAUCAUCAGUAUCUGUUGUAUAUUCUUUCCAUGUUACAUUUCAUUGAGUCCAUGCUGCUACUGUUCUGGCUGAUAUCCUUGUUCAGCUGAAGCAGUUACAGUUGAAUUUCCUGCAUCUGAUUAACAUUAUGUGUAUACUUAUUUCCAUCCAUUCAGAGCAUUUGUGUGUGCGUGUUGUAAUUCAAAUGGUUGCCAUCAUUGACUCAUUGGCUUGUCAAUCCAAACCUUAGGCAAGUUUGAUGGCAAGCUGAUCUUGCUUGGUGAGACUGUUUCUGAAA